AUGCCUACCACCAGAAGCACACACAAGGCAAGGGCGAAAGCAAAAGCUAACGUGAAGGUAGCCGCCGACGCCGAACCACGUCGCUCCGUACGGACCACCAAGGGCCAGCACACGAAAUCCUUUGACGAGCUCGAGACUCCGCCUACGAAGCGUCGCCAAACCAAGAAGUCUAAGAAGGUCCAAGAGCAACAAGAGCCAGAAGCAACCCCAGAAGAGCCCGAGGAGAUCAUCCGAUGCGUGUGCGGUGCCACAGAGCAAGACGAAGACUCGGGUGAAGCCUGGAUUAGCUGCGAACAAUGCUUGGCCUGGCAGCACAAUGUGUGCGUUGGUGUCAGCUCGUUCGAAGAUGAGAUCCCUGACCAUUACUGGUGUGAGCAAUGUCGCCCGGAUGACCACAAGGAGCUCCUGGAAGGGAUAGCAAGAGGCGAGAAGCCAUGGGAGGCCAGGCGCAAAGCUCACGAGGAAAAAGAGGCCCAAGAGUCCAAAAAGAAGAAGAAGGGAGGUCGAAGAGGCAAGGGGAAACGAGCCGUUGACCCGAAAGAUAAGGGCAAAGAGAAGGAAAAGGAAAAGGCCCAGGAUGAGCGACUAAAAUUAGAAGCCGAGAAACAGAAGGAGAAAGCACAACAGGAGGAAAAGGAAAAAGAGCGCCAACGACAAGAAGAAAAAGAACGAGAGAGGCAGAGAGAAAUAGCAGCAGAGAAGGAAAAAGCUAGAGUGAAAGAGGAACAGAUGGAAAGGGAGAAGGCCGAGGAGGAGAAAAAGGCAAAGGAAGAAGAAGAAGAGCGUGCAAGGGAGAUUGAGAAGCAGAAGAAGCUGGAGCUGGAGCAGGAGCUGGAGCAGGAGCAGGAACGGCAACGACAACUCGAGAUCGAAAAGGCAAAGGAAAAGGAAAGAGAGGAGCAGGAAGCCGCUAAAGCAAAGGCGAAGCCCUCUCCAGACCCUGUCACUGAAGCCCCCGCGGAGACGACUGGCAAGGGGAAGCGAAAGAACCGCGAAGGCUCACAGGAAGCGGAUGGAAAGCCACCCAAGGUCAGGCGUGUAUCUGCUGAGCCAGCUGCCAUCAAGCCCCAGAAGUACACGGCGCCAGAGAAUAUUCCCGAGACAAUCAAAGAGCUCCCUGGCACCCGCACUGGGCCCGGUAAGGCACUGAAGAAGUCCAUUCUUCAUGUCUUGUCGGAUAUGGCUAAGCACAAGAGACUCCAAGUACCGGAAGGGGAGACAGUGGAGAGCAUGGGCGAAAGAUUGGCACUUCAGAUCGAACGGGCAGUCUACGACACACAUCCAGGCAUGGCUAAGGGACAGAAGGAAUACAGUCAGCAGAUAAAGUCGUUGACGUUCAACCUGAAGAACAACCCAGAGUUGGUUCGUGGACUGCUGGAAGGUGUACACACUCCUCCCGCGCUGGCUGUUAUGACAUCUGAUCAGCUGGCCUCUGCCGAGUUACAGCGCCAGACAGCCGAGAUGAAAGCGAGGGUUGAGAAGCAGUCAAUCCUGCUAACACAAGACUCGGGACCCAGAGUGCGACGGACGCACAAGGGCGAGGAAGUUGUUGAAGACGAUAAUCUACCCAACACCAACGAGGAACCAAUGCCGCUACCGCCAGGUGGCGGACCACCUACACGGCCCAUUAAGGAUGAGUCUGUUGAUGCCAGCGACCAGAUCCAUCAGCCACCAGGAUCCCCUCAGAGAGAUGACAACCAGCCUCGACACUCGCCUACCCAGUCCAAUUUCGACAUCGGCAAGGUUUUCUCCAGCGUGCGCUCGCCUUCCGUCUCCCACCCUCGGCGUCCGUCAGCGCCCGUGUCACAACCUACUGGUCCUGGCGAGGAUGCUGAUGUGGACCGCAUGCUUCAGGAUGAAAAUGAUUCCCCGCCUUAUUCGCCAACAGAGGAAGCACAGGACCCUGAUGUCGUCUGGCGUGGAAUGCUGGCCAUGAGCACCAUCGCCAACUUUCAGGCAACCGCCAAACACAUUGGAGGCGCCAACUUUAGCUCCAUUGGGCCCUGGUCCAAAUUGAUGCCCCCGCGAAUGAGUGUAGCUGGCCGCAUUCAGCAGCAGAACGCAGUCGAGUACCUCUGUGGCCUGCGGUAUAGCAGCUACACGGAUGUCAUUGUUGUCAACCUUGAGCCCGCCACCCCUGAAGCUCGCCCCGAGUUCACGGCGAUGAUUGAGUAUUUUGUCAGCAAGAAGCGAUACGGUGUUGUCGGCGACAAGGUAGCCGGAAAUGUCCGCGAUACGUACCUGGUCCCGGUUCUGGCUGGCGAGGACAACUAUCCUGAGUUCAUGCUGAACUUGGCUGACAACCACAUCCCCAAAACCCGAACAGAGCCCAUGCUGCUGGCGGUCUUUGUCUACCGUAGUGAUCCUGCCGCACUCAAGCUCACCACGCCGCCUACACCGUCCAACGCAUCCGCGACGCCAACGCCAACACCACAAGGCAGCGGCCCCCAACGCAGCCAGUCGGUGUCUGGGCCCGCGUUUUCUCCAGCAACGCCUCUGGCGACCCAUGGCGGCUUCAAUGCGGCUGCCCAUCCUCAGACGCCGGUGCCCAUCCCGCAGCCUCCAUACACCCGCCCGCGGCCAUCCGGUUCACCUACCGCUGUCCCAGGACAGCUCGCGCCUCAACAUGCGCCCCCAGUGCAAGGACAAGUCCCUGUGCCUCAACUACCACAAGCCCAGCACCAGCAAUAUACCCAAGCACAUCCUGCCCAACACCCACACCCGCAGCAGGCACACCAGCAACAACCAAGACCCCCGUCGCAAAUGUCGGAGGCACAGCGUCAUCAGGCGCAGCAGCUUGGUCAAGCCCUGGCUCAGGAGGUGCUCGGACCGCAGCUUUUCAGUGCGCCGACGGCCCAGUUUCUCAUCCCUCAGGCAUGGCAGAUGUCUCGAAUGGAAUGGGAAGUCGUCAAGAAUAUCUACGAGAGAGAUCCCAGAGCGCGGGAGGAUUUACAGUAUUUGGGUGGGUUGCUGGAUAAGGAGCCAAAGUCAGCUGGGGCACGAUAG